AUGUCUCUUGUUGUUCACGAGCAUUAUAUUUUGUACGUAUUCGCCCCCAGCAAAGAAAGUCGACAAAAAUGGGUGAGCGCGCUCAAAGAAGAAACUAAGAACAACAACAUUCUGAUCCCUAAAUACCACCCAAAUUUCUGGGCUGAGGGCCACUGGAGGUGUUGUGCACAGCCGGAUAAGCUGGCUAUGGGGUGCCUGUUAUAUGACCCUAACAGAGACUCCAAGAAACCUCUUCCCCCAACUCCGGAACUUAACAAGUGGAAACCUUUGCCGCCAGAGCCAGUGGAGCUGGUGGCUGAGCCAGAGUCAGUGGUGGUGGCUCUGUAUGACUUCCAUGGCCAAAAUGAGCAGGACCUGUCGCUGCUGAAGAGUGAGGAAUAUGUAAUCAUCGAGAAGAUCGAUGCAAACUGGUGGCAUGCACGUGAUAAAAACGGGAUGACCGGGUAUAUCCCCAGCAGCUACGUGGUGGAAAAGAGCCCUGAGAAUCUACAGGCCUAUGAGUGGUACAACAAGAACAUCAGCCGAAACAAAGCAGAGCAGCUGCUUCAGAAAGAGGGUAAACAAGGAGCUUUCAUGGUGAGGGAUUCGAGACAGGCUGGGAUGUACACAGUCUCUGUCUUCACUAAAGCGACCAGUGAGAACAGUCCUGGGGUCAAACAUUACCACAUCAAAGAAAUUGAUGACACUCCCAAACGCUAUUACCUGGCAGAAAAACAUAUCUUCGACUCCAUUCCAGAACUUAUCAAAUACCAUCAGCACAAUGCAGCAGGUUUGGUCACUCGGCUGAGAUACCCAGUGUCUUCAUGGAGAGAGACUGCUCCUUCAACAGCUGGUUUCAGUUAUGGGACCUGGGAAAUUGCAGCCACAUCCCUCACCUUCAUUGAGGAGGUGGGCAGCGGCCAGUUUGGUGUCGUGCACAUGGGUUACUGGAAGAACAAGUACCAAGUGGCCAUCAAGAUGAUACGGGAAGGAGCUAUGUCUGAGGAAGACUUCAUCGAGGAGGCUCAAAUCAUGAUGAGACUGUCUCAUGAGAAGCUUGUGCAGUUGUACGGUAUCUGUACACAGAAAGGGCCAAUCUAUCUCAUCUUUGAGUAUAUGAAGUAUGGUAGUCUGUCUGAGUACCUCAGGACCAACCGAGGGGGUUUCAACAAGGAGACCCUCCUGGGCAUGUGCCAAGAUGUGAGUGAGGGGAUGGCAUAUCUGGAAAGCAACAAAUUCAUCCACCGUGACUUGGCAGCAAGGAACUGUUUAAUAGGGGACUCACUGUCGGUUAAAGUAUCAGAUUUCGGAAUGACAAGGUUCGUCCUUGAUGACCAGUACACCAGCUCCUCAGGCUCAAAGUUCCCAGUCAAGUGGUCAGCUCCAGAAGUUUUCCGAUACUCCAAGUUCAGCAGCAAAUCCGACGUCUGGUCAUUUGGGGUGCUGAUGUGGGAAGUCUUCUCUGAGGGAAAAAUGCCGUAUGAAAAUCGUUUGAACUCCGAAGUCGUUGAAGAACUCACAGCUGGAUUUCGCCUUCAUAAGCCAAAACUGGCUUCUCCGUUCAUUUAUAAAAUCAUGAGCAGUUGUUGGCAGGAGAGACCUGAGGAGAGGCCUUCGUUUUUUGACCUUCGGAAUGAAUUAAGUGAGCUGUCUGAGUCUGGAGAACUCUGAAUGGAGUCAUGGAGACUGUACAGCUUUAAAACUGAAUAACCCGAUGGGAACAAGAGAAUAUUUUCAAUGUGGUGUACUGUUUAUUAAAUAUUUAUUUAUUACUGUUGGAAAUCAUAUUUGAUGCUUGCAGAGAACACACCCCCAUGAUACUAGAACUCUCAGGCAAUCUCCGUCAAGGUGAGGUGGCCUCAGCUCUUCGACUAUAGGGGCGCCACAGCUGCACCCAAUCCCGUCGUCACUGGUUAUUGAAGAAGCAGGAGCGUUACUUUGGCCUCCAUUUCUACUCCCCACUACCCCCACCUAGAGGUCAGCCACCGUAAUACAACUGUAGCCUUGGCUGAAUUCAGAGGAGCACCAUCACAGUAUAACGUUUGGAGAAAUGGACACUGGUGCAGGUUGUCUCGACUAUGACCCCUUCAGACACCAUCUGCGUGUCUCCGGCUAUAACCUUGCCAUCAAUGCCUGUAUCUUCCCAAUCAGUGCAAGUUUGCUGAGGGACCAAUUUGAAACAGAGAGAUGCUGCAACUAGACACGGAUGCUUCCCUGGGAGUGAUUGAUCCUGCAGUAACAUCAUCACAUCCCAGUAAAUGUGCUGCCUGACACAUUUUAAUCAGACAGGGGAGCCUCAAGUUCUUUUAAGGGUAGGAGCAGGCAAUCAGACAAAAUUGACCUGCUCCCUUUAACAAGACCAAGCCCACACUUACACACCACCUCCCUUUAUCCUCGAACCCCUUCUAUCAUCUGUCCUCCACAUCCUGCAAUCCCCAGAUCCUGCCCAUCUAUCCACCUUCUCAUCAGAUCCCUUAACCCCAUCCAUCCACCAAUUUUCCACAUCCGUCACUCCUACCCACUUUUCCUCCAUAUCCCUCAACCCCAUCUAUCUAUUUUCUCCUCAUAUCCAUCAAACCUAUCCACUUUUCCCCCCAUAUUCCUCAGCCCCACUCACCUAUUUUCUCCCUGUAUCUCUUAAACUUGCCCACGUUUCCUCCACAUCCCUGAAUCCCACCUCCCCACCUUCUCAUCAAUCAAGAUCUAUUGAUCUCAGGAGUGAGUGACUUGGGCCUGAGUAAUCAGAAGGAUGAUGCCUGUACUUAGAAAGCGACAAUGACAUUUCUGAAAUGAUUGUCCAAUGUUGCCAUUGUACUGUCAUGGCAGUGACAUAGCGGUGAGUGGGAUUUCCCACAAUCUCUGUGGCCAAUUUGUCAUGUCCCCUUGUUAUGAACUCCUUCCACAAAAAGAAAUGGCUUCUAUCAGGCUGCUUAAUCAAAUGCCACACUUAGAUCAUUCAUCAAACUUUUAAACCCAUCGCAAUCAGAUUCAAAGUAAAAAGGACAGGAAUGAGGCCAUUCAGCCCUCACGUCUGUUCCACUAUUCAGCGGUUGAUCUGAAUGCUGACUCCAUCCUGUUGUCUUGGCUUCCUAUCCCUUCGGUACAACUACACAACAGAAACCUCAGUCCUAAAAUCUCCAACUUAUUGGCAAUCUCAAAAAGCUUUUGGGGGAGAGAGUUCCCAAUUCAGGUGUGAAAAUAAAAUACCAUUUUGUAAAGUGCUCUUUUUAUGAAAUAAAGGAAUACACAGAUGCUGAAUGAAUUAAUUUGUAGCCACCCAAAAUAAAAAUGAUUGCUUGUGAAAAUAUAAAUAAAUGAAUAAACGUGAACCUUGCCUUUU